AAAUUGACGGUAUCAUAUUAAAUUCCAAUUUCACAAGCACUUAAAUAAAUGUUGUUUACCCUUCAAGACUUGCAGGUACGGAGUUAUUUUAUAAAAGCUUGACAGGCUAAUGGUGAAUUUUGCAGACAAUCUCUGUCCUGCAAAGCUUUGUAUUAAGAUGCAGUGAGACACAAGGGGUUAUUUACAUAUAUAACCUGUCAAAAAUUCAUACAACUCCUUGUAAAUGUGAUACCAUUUCAUUAGAUUUUGAUUCUGCAACCUAUAGUUUGUCUGAUUUAUUCUUUCCCUCACUGUCUAGUAAUGGACGCAGCAGCAGCAACAAGGAUCAGCAAUGUCUUUGCAUCUUCUAGAGCACAAAGAAAGAUGGAUGCGGCAAAUUUGACCAAACUGGCAUGGCCUUCCACCAGACCGGAGAAGCUCGCGCUCCAUGCGGGUAGCAGAGGUUUCUGCAGUAGCAUUUCAAUCCAACAAAGAGGUCUAACAACAAACUCUAGAAGCAGUAUACUCUUUCUCACUCGUUGCUCUACAAAGCCUGGAAUUGACAGUGACAGCGCAACGAAUACAAAUCCGGCCUUUGAACUGGAUUCAAACUCAACAGCCCAAAGACCUGCAACCUCUCUUCCAAAUCAAGCACUUUCUUCUAAAUUUUCUAGAGGUUUAGUGCUUGAUUUGGGUUCCAAAAAUUCAUGGGACGGUUCAGAAAUUGGUUCCCCAGUUGUGAAAAGGUACAUUGGUGAUGAUGAAGAGAGGUGGUACAUGUGGUACCAUGGAAGGUCUGAUAACAAUGCAUCUGAUUUGAUUGGGUUGGCAGUUUCAAGCAAUGGAAUCCAUUGGCAAAGAGGAGAUGGACAUGUUCAAUCGAGCAGAGAUGUGGGGUUGGUAAUGAAUUGCAGAGAGAAUUGGUGGGCUUUUGACACAGAGAGCAUCAGGCCCUCUGAGUUGGUGAUAAUGUCCAGCCCGAUGUACAGUUCUGUUUAUUGGCUUUAUUACACUGGAUUUAGUUCUGAAGAAGUGGAGUUGUUAGAAUCUACAAAAAUCAUAUUAGACAAACUAGAAUGGGGUUCUAAUGACGAGAAGAGAAAUGAAAAUUACAGUGCUGGCAAAAUAUUCAAGUCCCUGCCAGGCUUAGCUUGCAGUCAAGAUGGUAGGCACUGGGCCAGAAUUGAAGGGGAUCAUCACACUGGAGCUUUGUUCGAUGUCGGGUCAGGAAAGGAGUGGGAUUCUUUGUUUAUUGCAGCACCAAAGGUGAUUGUGCACAGCAGCGAUGAUCUCAGGAUGUAUUAUCAUUCAUUUGACGUCAAAAAUGGGCACUUCGCUAUUGGAGUUGCAAGAUCGAGAGAUGGAAUUAGAUGGGUGAAGAGUGGGAAGAUCCUGGGUAAAGGGACAAAAGGUUCUUUUGAUGAGUUCGGGGCCAUGAAUGCACAUGUUGUGAGAAAACAAAAAGAUGGCACGUAUUUGAUGGCAUAUGAAGGUGUUGCUGCAGAUGGAGGGAGGAGUAUCGGAUUAGCAGUAUCUCCAGAUGGGAUGAAGAACUGGGUGCGGCUUCAAGAUGAUGCUGUUCUCAAGCCAUCAGAAGAAGAUGGAUGGGAUAAUAAGGGAGUGGGAUCUCCAUGUCUGGUACAGAUGGAGGGUAAAAGUAGUGAAUGGAGACUAUACUACAAAGGCAUUGGGAAAAGCAGAAAAACUGGAAUUGGAAUGGCAGUUUCUGAAGGCAGUGAAAUUAGAAGCUUUAGAAGAUUGGAAGGAUUUAAUUUGUAAGAUACAUAGAAAGGCUUGUUAUGUAAAUAAUUUAAAGUAUUUCUUUUAAUCAAAUGUUUAUUAUUCCUAAGA